GUAAGCGGAAUAGUUUGGAAGGCCUUCUACUUGUCCGGUGUAUGUACUCUACGAAGUUUCAUCUAAACCAUUAAAAAUGUUAUAUUUUAAAUCCCUCUAACAUGUGUGUCUCUCAAUCACGCUGAAUCCACAUCCUUCUCCACUGUGACUUGUCCUUACUGCCGCCACCUCCGCCAUAAAAUUCGUCUUUACCACCGGAGAACACCAAAAAGGCAAAGCUUUAGGCGAAUAAGACUAGAACAACGGGUAGGGAGAUAAAGGGUCAAAGCUUGAAAGUUUAUGCUAAUGGAUUUCCGGUCACAUCGAAGAGAAAGUUUUGUAAUAGAAUCCAAAGAGGAGAAUAUGGUGUUGCGUUGAGGGGAAGGCGGUGACCCUCCACCAAAAGCCAUCACCGGCAGACAACAUUUUUCCGGUCGCCAGAGCUCAGACAGUGGAAAAUUAAAGCUAAGCAUUCAUCGGGAAGAUCAUCUAUGUAGGCGAAAACAGAUGGAAUUCUUGACUCAUCUUCAUCUGAAUUCAUGAAAUGGAAUGGUGGUAGUUGGGGAGUCGUAGGCUACGGUGAUUGGGUGCAGAACCAUGGGAAGGGUGUGGAGAGAGAAAGAAGAAUAAGUGUGUGUGUGUGUGUGUGGAUGGAGGGGGGUUGAGGCGGCGAUGAUUAUUAAGACGAAGCAGAUCUGUAGAUGGGGAAUGGGGUUGGGUCGUUUUUUAUUUUCUUUUCAUGGUUAUUUUUUUCGUUUUUAUUUUUAAUACAUUUUUUAAUUAAAAUCAUUGUCUUCACUUGCUUUCAAAUCUGUGUAACCACGCACUUCCUCUGAUUCUGCAAAAUAAGUGCCACAUAAGCUCGGUCGGUGAGAGAGGGUUUAAAAUAUAUGUUUUGAACAGAUUCAAAGAGUCUAGAUGAAACUUCGUAGAGUACAAAUCGGGAUGAUAAAUUCGGAUAAGUAGAAAGACCUCCCGCACUAUUCCGCCUUUAUAAGUAUAAGUCAUAAGUUAUAAUUCUUGACUUAUUUUUAUAAAUUUGACUUCUACACAAAUAUUAUAGAAGUGAUUAAAAGCACCUAAAAUAAAUCAAUCCAAACCGGGCCUAAAACUCUGAAUUCAUCGACCCGAAUGGUGGCGUUAUUGUAGUUUUGUAAACUUGUGGGGAAGAUUCGUCAUUGACUGGAGAUAAUUAAGAAUCUCUUCUAAUUACUUUUCUAUUUUUGUUAAUUCCAAGAUUCGGCGGUUAAAGAGGGGACCCUCACUGAUGGCGCAAGAAAAAUACACAAUAACCCCCCAUUGAUUUCAGAGCUUAAAACUCGUAUCUUCUUAAAAUCUUGAAUAAAGAAAGAAACAAAGAAAAGCACAAACAAGAUUCUCUCAGAGUGUCAGUCUGUGGUGGGAAAUGAGAUUAGAAGUAGUAAAAAGAUAUUCUUUUUUAUUGCCUUUUCAGUUUUUCUGAACUCCCCAUAAGGCGGCUUUCAAGAUUGAAAUAAUAAGCGGUGGCAGUGAAGGAAGAACAGAAGGGGGUUUAUUUUUUGAGUAUCGUGGUUAUGUGGUUCUUUUUUUUUUGUGAGAGAGAUGGAUUUAGUAGAAAGGCUGAUUUGUUGAUCCCAUCUCCCAAGUUUUCCAUUCAUCAAAGCACCGCCAAAACUUGUAGAGCACUAUGGUUAAUCAUAUUGAGGAUGAUGAAUCUUUGACAAAACCCCUUGGAAGGUUAUCAGUGUUUUAUUACGGUGUUGGGCACAUGCUCAAUGACAUAACUUCAGCCUGUUGGUUCACUUAUCUCUUAGUCUUUCUAACAGAUAUUGGAUUAUCCCCAAGUGAUGCUGCAGUUGUAAUGCUCUCAGGUCAAGUUGCCGAUGGAUUGACCACUGUAUUUGCUGGUGAACUGAUAGACAGGUUCGGGCAUUUUAAAGUAUGGCAUCUUGGAGGAUCUGUCUUGGUUGGGGUGUCAUUUUCUUCAGUGUUUGGUGGUUGCUUGCCUUGCAAACUUAUUGGUUCUGAUUCGGCGAUGCUGCAAACUAUUGGUUACAGUGUGUUCGCUGCGAUCUUCAAUGUGGGAUGGGCUGCUACUCAAGUAUCACACAUGUCAAUGGUGAACUGCAUUACACUGAACUCAACAAGCAGAGUAGUUUUAGCUAGUUGCCGCAAUGCUUUUACAAUGGUUGCGAACCUUAGCUUAUACGCAGUUGCUUUUGUCGUGUUCAAUGUCAUCGGAGCAGGGACACCUGAUGCUGUUGAGAAUCAGUACCGUUGGAUUGCAUAUAUAUCAAUUUUCAUUGGAAGCUGCUUCGUCGUCGUGUUUGCUUUCGGAACCAGAGAGCCAAGGUUGAAACUAGAAGCUCAUGUCAAAGGUUAUGUUAGAAUUUCUUGGAUGUAUUGGUUUAAGAAGAUUUUAUAUCACCAAGUUGCUCUUGUUUACCUGCUUACCAGACUUGUGACUAAUGUCUCCCAGGCAUUUCUUGCUUUCUAUGUGAUCAAUGACCUGCAGAUGAGUCUAUCUUCAAAAGCUUUGGUCCCUGCGAUCAUCUUUGUCUGCAGCUUCGUUGUAUCCAUCCUGCUGCAGGAGAUUAAGUGGACAAGCCAGCGAUUGAAGGGCUGUUAUACUGCAGGUGGUCUCCUUUGGGUACUUUGUGGCACAGGAAUACUCCUGCUUCCAAGAAACAUGAAUGCUUUUAUGUAUGUCUUGUCGGUAUUCAUUGGCAUAGCAAAUGCCUUGAUAAUGGUAACUGGAGUGGGCAUGCAAAGUACCUUGGUUGGGCAAGAUCUCCAUGGCUGUGCUUUUGUGUACGGAUCAUUGAGCUUUCUGGAGAAAAUGAUAUGUGGGGUGGCUUUGUUCGUUCUUGAGUCAUAUCAGAGAACCUCUCCGGGACUUCAGGACUGCAGUCCAAGAUACCCAUUCUUCUCCCUCAAUCGGUAUGCACUAGGUCUCGUUCCAGCGGUCUGCGCGCUCCUUGGGGUGAUCGUCACCUGCACGAUGAACCUCCAGACACCCACAUUGGUACCUCUGGAGGAACCUCUACUGGGCUAACACGUCACAGCUGAUGAUCUUAUAAACAGUCGUAUGUUUAAGAAAGGGAUUCAAUUGUUGCUAUUGGAUGUGUUUUACACGGAUGAACUUUUUCAGCAGACACCAGUAGGUUAUACAGAACAUUAAUUCCAUUGAUUCUCCUCCUUAGCUUCUUUCCGUGCAAUUUCAACCCAUUUAGGAUCCCUAUUUAUACAUAUUCAGAUUCGUAUCAGUACAAUGAUAUGUAAUAAUUGUAGUCUUGAACUUAAAUUUGUGAAAAAUUGUACAUAGUUAGAAAGAUAUUCUUGCUGUAGGACUCUUGAAAAUCUGUAACAUGGCGGAAUUAGUUUUCUUACUACGUGUGCUCUUUCUUUUAGACCAAGAAAAUGCACUCAUGAAAACUAUUGAAGUGACAUGUAACCAGAAACAACUUGUAAUACUGUAAUAUCUAGCAGCUUUAUUUUACAUGGAAAGAAAGCGACUGAA